ACAAGGGUCUUACAUGGAUCUUCCUGCUGCAACGAUAUCGGAAAUGAUGAAAUCAAACAGCUUGGAUAAUGCCCCAACCCAGUCACUAUUAAGCGUUGUCAAUGGUAUUUUGGAUGAAAGCAUCGAUAGGAAGACUGGAGAAAUACCUCAUCGAGUUGCUUGCCUACUGAGGAAAGUGGUUCAGGAGGUUGAACGAAGGAUAUGUACUCAAGCAGAACAUUUGAGGACGCAAAACAAUCUUUUUAAAGCACGUGAGGAGAAAUAUCAAUCAAGAAUUAGAGUAUUGGAAGCCCUUGCUGCAGGGACUAGUGAAGAGACCCAGAUUGUCAAGAACCAACUCCAGCAAAUUAAGAACGAGAAGAACAAAAUAGAAGAGGAAAAGAAAGUGGAGGAUCAAAAAGAGAAAAUCAAAACUAAUCAACAGAUAACAAAUUUGAAGCAACAACUAGAGUGUUCGAAGAAUGACACUAAAGAGAAAAAGGACUUACAGAGCAGAGAUGUAGAAGUUGUAAAGCUCAUGAAUGAGAAAGAUGACCUCGACAAAGAGAUAGCAAGUUUGAAACAACAAUUGCAGUGUUUGAAAGCCAAAACAGAAGACAGUAGUAAUGAAAUGAAGAAUCAAGAUAUUGUAAGGCUGAUGAAAGAGAACGAUGAUCUCAACCAGGAGAUUGCAAAUUUGAGGCAACAGUUGGAGUGUUCAAACAGUAAUACGGAAGAGAAAAAGGAAGAGAAGGAUCAGAAUAUGGAAAAAUUGAUGAAAGAGAAUGAUAAGCUCAAUCGAGAUAUAGUAAAUUUGAGGCAACAGAUGGAGAGUUCUACGAAUAAAACAGAAGAGAGAAAAGAAGCACAGGAUCAAGAUAUGUUAAAUGUAUUGAAAGAGAAAGAGGAUCUCAAUAAAGAGAUAACAAAACUGAGGCAACAGAUGGAGAAUUCUAAGAGCAAAACAGAAGAGAGAAAGGAAGCAAAGGAUCAAGAUAUGGUAAAUGUGUUGAAAGAGAAAGAGGAUCCCAAUAGAGAGAUAACAAAUUUGAGGCAACAGAUGGAGAGUUCUAAGAGCAAAACAGAAGAGAGAAAGGAAGCAAAGGAUCAAGGUAUGGUAAAUGUGUUGAAAGAGAAAGAUGAUCUCAGUAGAGAGAUAACAAAUUUGAGGCAACAGUUGGAGAAUUUGAAGAAAAGAGCAGAAGAGAGAAAGACAGAAAAUGAUCAAGAUACAGAAAAAUUGAUAAAAGAAAAUCAUGAUCUCAAUAAAGAGAUAGCAAAUUUGAGGCAACAAAUAGAGAUUUCAAAAAAGAAAGUGGAAGAGAGAAAGGAAGAUAAAGACCAGGAUAUGUUGAAGCUAAUGAAAGAAAAUGAUGAUCUUAAUAGAGAGAUAGCAAAGUUGAGGCAGCAAAUAGAGAGUUCGAAAAACAAAACUGAAGAAAGAAAGGAAGAGAAUGAUCAGGGUAUGGAAAAACUAAUGAAAGAAAAUAAUGAUCUCAAUAGAGAGAUAACAAAUUUGAGGCAACAAAUGGAGAGUUCGAAAAACAAAAUGGAAGAAAGAAAGGAAGAGAAUGAUCAAGAUAUGACAAAACUGAUGAAAGAAAAUGAUCUUAACAGAGAGAUAGCAAAUUUGAGGCAACAAAUAGAGAGUUCGAAAAACAAAUCGGAAGAAAGAAAGGAAGAGAAUGAUCAAGAUAUGACAAAACUAAUGAAAGAAAAUGAUGAUCUUAACAAAGAGAUAGCAAAUUUGAGGCAACAAAUAGAGAGUUCGAAACACAAAAUGGAAGAAAGAAAGGAAGAGAAUGAUCAAGAUAUGGCAAAACUGAUGAAAGAAAAUGAUGAUCUUAACAGAGAGGUAGCAAAUUUGAGGCAACAAAUAGAGAGUUCGAAAAACAAAACGGAAGAAAGAAAGGAAGAGAAUGAUCAAGAUAUGGCAAAACUGAUGAAAGAAAAUGAUGAUCUUAACAGAGAGAUAGCAAAUUUGAGGCAACAAAUAGAGAGUUUGAAAAUCAAAACGGAAGAAAGAAAGGAAGAGAAUGAUCAAAAUAUGGCAAAACUAAUGAAAGAAAAUGAUGAGCUUUGCAGAGAGAUAGCAAAUUUGAGGCAAGUUGUGGAGGAUUUGAAGAACAAAGCAGAAAAGGGAGAGUUGAAGGAUAAGGAUAUUGAAAAUUUAAUGAAAGAAAAAGAGAAUCUCAAUCAAGAGAUAGCAAAUCUGAGGCAACAACUUCAAAGUAUGAAGGAUAAAACAGAAGAGAUCGAGAAAAUGAGGCAGCAAGACGUGGAAAAAUUGGUUAAAGAAAAAGAUGAACUCAGUCAAGAAAUGGAAAGUUUGAAGCAAAACAUGGAAGUGGAUAGAAAAUCAAGUGAAGAAAAAUUAUCGACAAUGGCAGCUGAAGCUGAAAAAACUCAACGUGAGCAAGAGGAGAAACUAAAGGAAAUGGAGACAUUGCUAACAGAGGCAAGAAAUAAAGCGAAAAUGCUCGAGGCAUCCUUAGAAGAAAAGGCUAAACAAUGGAACAAGAAAAAUCAUAUUUAUCAUAUAUUCACAGACUUUCAGCUUGGUGCUCUUCGGGAACUAAGAUUUGCAUCACAAUAUAUCCAGCAAGAGAUUGCCAGAACAAAAGAAAGCUAUUCGGAAGAAUUUGUGACAUUAGGAUCUAAAAUCAAGAUACUGGAUAAUGCGGCAAAAAAUUAUCAUCCACUCCUUGCUGAAAAUCGAAAGCUGCAUAAUGAACUACUAGAGAUAAAAGGAAAUAUAAGAGUCUUUUGUCGAGUGAGGCCAUUCCUUCCGGGGCAGAAAGGAAAACAAACUAUUGUUGAGUACACUGGUGAGGAUGGAGAGUUAAUAGUUACGAAUCCUGCUAAAAAAGGAAAGGAAGGUCGCCGUUCUUUCAAGUUCAAUAAAGUGUACGGUCCGACUGCAACACAAGCUGAAGUAUUUUCAGACAUACAACCAUUAAUUCGAUCGGUUGUGGAUGGAUACAACGUGUGUAUCUUUGCCUAUGGCCAGACCGGUUCCGGGAAAACCUAUACAAUGACCGGUCCCGAUGGAGCAACUGAAGAACAAUACGGUGUCAAUUACCGGGCUCUAAAUGAUCUUUUUCGCCUUUCACAAGGUAGGGAAAGCACUUUCUCAUAUGAAGUUUCCGUCCAAAUGGUGGAGAUAUACAACGAACAAAUUCGCGAUUUGCUCACUAGUGAUGGUGCUCAAAAGAAGCUCGGCGUCUUAAACAGCUCAAAACCCAACGGUUUGGCUGUCCCGGAUGCAAGUAUUCAGCCCGUCAACUCGACCUCAGAUGUAAUGUCACUAAUGGACAUUGGCCUAAAUAACAGAGCAAAAGGUUCCACUGCCAUGAAUGAAAGAAGCAGUAGAUCACACAGUAUUGUCUCCAUUCAUUGCACCGGAACUGAUCUAAAGAGCGGCUCGUCUCUACGAGGUAAUCUUCAUUUAGUAGAUCUUGCAGGAAGUGAAAGAGUAGAUCGUUCGGAGGUGACGGGUGACCGCCUUAAAGAGGCACAACAUAUAAACAAAUCCUUAGCCGCACUCGGGGAUGUCAUAUUUGCUUUAUCACAAAAGAACAACCAUGUUCCUUAUCGAAACAGCAAGCUAACACAAGUCCUUCAGAGUUCACUAGGAGGUCAUGCAAAGACACUUAUGUUCAUCCAGCUUAAUCCUGACAUUGAUUCGUAUACCGAAUCCGUAAGUACCUUAAAAUUUGCUGAAAGAGUUGCUGGAGUCGAGCUCGGUGCAGCUAAAAGCAACAAAGACGGCAAGGAUGUAAGGGAAUUGAUGGAACAGGUUGCCUCUUUGAAAGAUACUAUAGCAAAGAAAGACGAAGAAAUCGAGACGCUACAGCAGACGAAAGAUUCUACUUGAGCUAGUGAAGACAGUCAAGAUAACUGGUGGCUGUAAAGAGGUCACUCCAGCUCGGGACAACCCGAGCAAGCCAAGAUCAUCGAUGAUGAGUAAGUACAUACAUUCGAUUACCAUUUUAGAAGUAUGUCAGAGAAACUCUAAACUACGUAAGUUGAUCUAUACAUUAUGCCUAAUUUUGACACGAACAGUCGAUCAAACUCACAAGAAUAGUUCUAUUUUCCGGAACUCAAUUGUAACCGGUGAAGAAAUCGACUAAGGAGUCUCCCUAGGACUCAAUCUGGUAUGGAUAUAUGCAUAACAUUGAUCAUAUUAUGAAUUUUUGGAUAGGCAAAUUUUGUUUAUUAGUUCAAUCAGGAAAUUUGUAAAAUUUGUUGUUUCAUGAAAUUGGAUAGAAAGUUUUGAAGUGUGU